AUGCACAACAAUAACAACAACACAAGUACCAUUCCAUUGGUACAAAAUACCAAAACUCCUUCCACUUUCAUUCUCUUACUAGAUGAAAAUUACAAAUCCAUCUUAUUACAACAGAAAUUAUUCCCCAAACGACUCACUAGAAAAGACAUGAUCAUGGCAAUGAGCUAUGUCAAAUCUUUCGGUACAAGAUCUGAUUCAUCAGAUAGGAUCGUGAUUAGUGGAAGAGCUUAUCUUGAUCGUGAAUUGAAUUGGAAUUAUGCAACUUUGAUGGCUAAUAGAGAGGUUGCAUUCUCAAUUCUUUGUAAAAUGAUGGAAAAGUGUUCGGUUGAUAUGGUUUUAAAUAUGGCAAAGGUGUUCUUGCUGUGGAAUUAUGAACCUCUCCUUCAAAAGUUGAUCUCCUCUCCUCGAUUUAAUAUAAAACUUGUGGAGAUUAUUCCAAAAGAAUUCGAAAGUGAUUUACCAUUAGAAACCACUGAUCCGUCUUUACUCCAUUAUCGAUCACAAGAACUGAGAUCACACAAAGACAUUUUAGAAGUCGAGAAGAUAUUUGUAAAAGCUGGAUUUGUUAACUUUGAAAAUACCAGUGAUGAAUUGAAAGAUGACAAACAAUUUGUUUUGGAGCUGACAGAACAGAAACGUAACAUAUUUUCCUAUAUUUCUGAGAGAUUGAAAAAAACUUGGAAUUCUAACAAGGAAAUUAUAAGAAAAAUUGUUAAGCUUGAAAGUUGCAACUUUACAUAUGCAUGUGAUGAAUUGAAGGAUGAUAAAUCAUUCGUUUUGGAACUGUUAGAGCAGAAACAAACAAUAUUCAUAUACGUGUCAGAUGGAUUGAAAUCUGACAAGGAUAUUGUUAAGAAAUCAGUUAAAAAGUGUGGAUAUCUAUUUGAAUAUGCAGCUGAUGAAUUGAAAUCUGAUAAGGAAUUCGUUUUGGAGCUGUUAGAACAGAAAUGCAACAUAUUUUCCUAUAUUUCUGAGAGAUUGAAAGAAUGUUUGAAUUCUAACAAGGAAAUUAUAAGAGAAAUUGUAAAAGUUGAAUGUAGCAACUUUAAAUAUGCAUGUGAUGAAUUGAAAGAUGACAAACCAUUCGUUUUAGAGUUGUUAUCGCAGAAACACGAAAUACUUGAAUAUGUUUCGAAUAGAUUGCAAUCUGAUAAGGAGGUCGUAUUAGAAGCUGUUAGAAUUCAUCCUCUCCUAAUUGAAUAUGCUUCAGACGAGUUACGAAAUGAACCUGAAUUGAAACAUUAUUUUGUGGCAUUGGACAAACUAGAAGAGGAGGAAAGUGAAAGUGACAGCUCAGAAUACGAAAACUUUCAAUAA